CUCAGACUCGGGGGCGGUCUCCAGGCACGGGCACGGAGCGAACCCGGUCGGAGCGCGGCACCCAGCGGUCGCUGACUCCGGGCCGGCAGCAAUAGCAGCGACCGCGGCGGUUCCGGAGGGAGCCUCUCCGUGCUCGGCUCCGCCGUGCCGGUGACCUUCCCGGAGCUGAUCGCCAGGCCGGGGCAGGGCCUCCUCUCCCCGCGGACAGUGUGCACCAGGCCCCGGGGAGCGGGCAGGAGGCUGGGCCGGAAUCCCCCGUUGCCCCCGGGUCCUCCUGGCCGCCGGCGGGGCCUGUGCGCCGCGCGGUUCGCCGCCGGAGAGAGGGCGGGGGAAGGCGAGCGGGACGGACGGACGGACGCGGCCGGGCUGCACCUCGGGACAGAGCGGGGCGGCAGGCCCCGGAGAGAGCUGAGCUGGGCGGCGGAGGAGGCGGCCACCUCGGCGGCGCAUCCCGGGAAGAGUCGGGACCUCGCCACCGCCCUCCUCCUCCUCCCACCGUUAGCGGCUCCUCGUCCCGCGGAGAGUGAAGCUGCCGCUGCCGCCCCAGCUGGGAGCCGCUGGCAGACACCUCCGGAGCGCCGGGCUGCGGGGACGGAGCCGGAGCUGCCCGCCUGGAGCGCAGGAGGGGGAAGGAGCGCUUGUUUGCGCGGAGCGGCUGGCGCUGAGCGCCCGGCCCGGGAGCCACCCGGGGAAGAUGUCCUGUGACGGCCCUUGAUCAGAAAGGCUGCAAGUCAUGUAAGAGCCGCAGUAGCUGCAGAGUCUCUGAUGGAUAAUUGGAUUGAAUAGUCCUGUUGUGACUAAGAAUUCCUUGAUUACACAGCUGAGAAAGGAGAGUCACACCUUGAUCCCUCUCCUGGAGAAAUUCUGGAUCCCUAUCACAUUUACCUGUGUCUCUCAACUUGGAUACAGAGGAGGAAUAAGAAAGAACCCAAAUCAAAGAAGGGAAUGGAAGGCAAGCAUGAAGUCCUGCGCCUGACAUGGAAUUAACUCAGAAGUAACUACAGGAUGGGGGCAGACUGGGUGGAAAGUAGCUGUGCACAAGAUGACUUGGGAACCCUGCUUGAUGACAAGUUGGACAUCAGUCAGACGUCCUCAAAGCAAAGAAGGACAGUUACAUGCUGGGUUGUAUUAGCAAGAGUGUAGCCAGCAGGGUGAGGGAGUAAUAUGUGGGAGGCUGUGGACUAUUUGCUUCCAACAUAGGAACAGCCUUGGGUUGGGAUUCUGCACUCCUGAGAGAAUGCUGGGAAUCUGCAGAGGGCGACGGAAAUUCCUGGCUGCCUCUCUGACCAUCCUUUUUGUCCCAGCAAUUACGUGGAUUUAUCUGUUUGCUGGGAGUUUUGAAGGAACCAAGUUUACAAAUCCAUCUGCACAGCUACACAUAAUUGCUGGUUUCCAGGGAACUCCAGCUAACUUUCUUCAAAGCUUUGCCAAUAUACACAGAGAUGGGAAGCCGGUGUCGCUGUCCCCACUGGAGUCGCAGCCGCACAGCCCUCGGUACACGGCGUCGAGCCUGGAGGUGCGCGUGCGGGAGGUGGAGGAGGAGAACCGCGCGCUGCGCAAGCAGCUCAGCCUGGCCCAGGCCCGGGGCCCCGCGCACCGCCGCGCCAACCACUCCAAAACCUACUCCAUGGAGGAGGGCACGGGCGACAGCGAGAGCCUGCGGGCUGGCAUCGUGGCGGGGAACAGCUCCGAGUGCGGCCAGCAGCCCGUGGUGGAGAAGUGUGAGACUAUCCACGUUGCCAUUGUCUGUGCAGGGUACAAUGCCAGUCGGGAUGUUGUCACACUCGUCAAGUCUGUCUUAUUUCACAGGCGGAACCCACUCCACUUCCACCUCAUCGCAGAUGCAAUUGCCAAACAGAUCCUGGCCACUCUGUUCCAGACGUGGAUGGUCCCGGCCGUGCGCAUAGACUUCUAUGAUGCAGAUGAGCUCAAGUCUGAAGUGUCUUGGAUCCCCAACAAACACUACUCUGGGAUUUACGGGCUGAUGAAGUUGGUUCUGACUAAGACUCUACCUUCCAAUCUUGAGCGAGUCAUUGUUCUCGACACAGACAUUACAUUUGCCACUGACAUUGCUGAGCUAUGGGCCGUCUUUCACAAGUUCAAAGGGCAGCAAGUUCUUGGCUUGGUGGAGAACCAGAGUGAUUGGUAUUUGGGCAAUCUCUGGAAGAACCAUCGGCCCUGGCCAGCGCUUGGGAGAGGCUACAACACAGGGGUGAUCUUGCUGCUCCUCGAUAAAUUGCGGAAGAUGAAGUGGGAGCAGAUGUGGAGACUGACGGCGGAGCGGGAGCUGAUGAGCAUGCUGUCCACUUCACUGGCUGACCAGGAUAUCUUCAAUGCAGUCAUCAAACAAAAUCCCUUCCUUGUCUACCAGCUCCCAUGUUUCUGGAAUGUGCAGCUUUCUGAUCACACCCGUUCUGAGCAGUGCUACAGAGAUGUGUCUGACCUGAAGGUGAUUCACUGGAACUCACCGAAGAAGCUGCGAGUGAAAAACAAGCAUGUGGAGUUUUUCCGCAACCUCUACCUGACAUUCCUGGAAUAUGAUGGGAAUUUGCUGAGACGGGAACUCUUUGGCUGCCCCAGUGAAGCAGAUGUUAACAGUGAGAAUCUCCAGAAGCAGCUGUCUGAGCUGGAUGAGGACGACCUGUGCUAUGAAUUCCGUCGCGAGCGCUUCACCGUCCAUCGCACUCAUCUCUACUUUCUGCAUUACGAGUACGAGCCUGCUGCAGACAACACCGACGUGACACUCGUGGCACAACUGUCCAUGGACAGGCUCCAGAUGCUUGAAGCCAUCUGCAAGCACUGGGAAGGUCCCAUCAGCCUGGCACUGUACCUUUCCGACGCGGAAGCCCAGCAGUUCCUGCGCUACGCUCAGGGCUCGGAGGUCCUGAUGAGCCGCCACAACGUUGGCUACCACAUCGUGUACAAGGAGGGGCAGUUCUACCCUGUGAACCUGCUCAGGAACGUGGCCAUGAAGCACAUCAGCACACCAUACAUGUUUCUGUCCGACAUCGACUUCCUGCCCAUGUAUGGACUCUACGAGUACCUCAGGAAGUCUGUCAUCCAGCUAGACCUAGCUAACACCAAGAAAGCUCUGAUUGUACCUGCCUUUGAGACCCUGCGCUACCGCCUCUCCUUCCCCAAGUCAAAAGCAGAGCUGUUAUCUAUGUUGGACAUGGGAACCCUCUUUACAUUCAGGUACCACGUCUGGACGAAAGGGCACGCGCCAACAAAUUUUGCCAAGUGGCGAACGGCCACCACUCCCUACCGCGUGGAGUGGGAAGCAGACUUUGAGCCAUACGUCGUCGUCAGGAAGGAUUGCCCAGAGUAUGACAGGCGCUUUGUGGGAUUUGGCUGGAACAAAGUAGCUCACAUCAUGGAACUGGAUGCACAGGAAUACGAGUUCACGGUGCUGCCCAACGCCUACAUGAUCCACAUGCCGCACGCGCCCAGCUUCGACAUCACCAAGUUCCGCUCCAACAAGCAAUACCGCAUCUGUCUCAAGACGCUCAAGGAGGAGUUCCAGCAGGACAUGUCGCGCCACUACGGCUUCGCGGCCCUCAAAUACCUGACGGCAGAGAACAACAGUUAGCAGCGUGGGGCCCCUGCCUGGCCAACAGGGACACUGAGGCAAGAGCCGCUCAGCGUUUGGGGCCUGGCCUUCGAACUCCAAACUGAGAAAUACUUUCUGUUUUUAUAUCAUACUUGGCAGUUCUAACAGUAGAAAUUUGAAGUGACAUAUCUUCAGACGAUGCUCGUUCAUCCCUUCCCCGACUGCCCCGGCUCUGUCAGCUUCAGCGUUCGUGAGGCGCGUGUGAGCGGGGCCGGCCAGGCGCCCUCUGAGCCACCCAAGGUGGGACUGGGCAGGGGCUGGGAUUGCACUCCGCUCUCUUGACUGCAGAGCACAGACAGACCUUCAGAAUAUAGGAUUUCAUGUUGCUAUUUAAUAAUUUGACAUGCUUUUUAUCUGUAAAGGAAGAUCUUCGGGUCUCUGUCCUGUGAAUUUCAAAUCUGCACUACUUUAAAAGGGAACUUUCACCUGUGAACUUUCACAGGGGCCUUGUUAACAAUGGAUGACCUUGUUAAUGCAGGAUGAGCCAAAGGUCUGAAUUAGCCUUGAAAACACAGGGGACACUUGUACAAUACUGCACUCCUGAGAAGGUGUGUUACUGGCUCAGUUGUAUACAUUAUAUCAGUUGAUCUUUUUUUUCUCAAAUUAAUUGUUUUAUCAGGAAAAUCCCCUAUAUCCCACCCUGCCUUGGCCCCAGUCCUAAAUGCUGCUCCUUUCCUUGCCAAGGAAAUAUCUCCCUUGUGUUUCUUUGCCAUCUUCUGUUUUGGUGGUCCAGUAAAGAAGAUCAGUUGCUCUGCCAGAAAGUGAACAGAACUUGUCAGUUUAAAGUCUGUUUUCAUCAGAGCAACUUGUUCUCAUGUGUCUCAUAAGAUAAAGGGCCUGGCUCUAACCCUUUAUCUCUUUUAGGCAGGAAUUGGAUUUUACCUGUAAGGCACAUUGUACCAGGGGAAUACUGAUUUGUAGGCUCAUUUCAAUGCUGCCCAUCCAUGAAGGCUCUGGGCCUUAGGCUUUAAGUGGACUUCUUUGCUGAACAGUGAAUAUAAACGAGUAAAAGGCAACUAGUAGCCUUGGUGCUCUCCUGCUGCCUGCCGCAAGGUCUCAGAACUACUUCGUUAAAGGAGUUUAUAAUUAAAAGGAGCAGAACUGUUAGGAAUAAACUCCCCAUUGGACGGGGAGAAAAGAAUGUGUUGGGAAUCUGAGUGAGUGUUUGCUUGAACGUGGACUGGUCAAGUUCACAACAUCGGUACACACCAGAAUUUGCUGGAGGGCGAACAGGAACCUAACAAGCAAAAUGCAGAAAACAAGACAUUGGACUUUUUGCCAUUUUCUUUAUCUUCAGUAUUAAUGUUGUGUUUACAUGGGAGGAAGAGAUGAGGUGCACUACCCCUUUCAGGGCUAUUUGUAAUUUCUGUUGCAAUGUUAAUAGAGAAAGCAGAAACAACUCAGUGAGAAAUGUGUCUGUCUCCCUGCCCCAAACCCCAAACAACCACAUGUACCAAUACCACUGCCUGAGCUGGGAAAUGGAUCCAUAUUGCGUUCUGCUCACGUUUUUCCAUUUUGCUUUUCAGCCACUGGACCUUCUACUUUCUUCCCCACCUCAUCCCUCUAGAGCUUGGUUUUAUUUCUAACCUGACAUUUUGUGAGAGAUUUCUGAUACGGUGGAAACCACGCAGUUAAACCAGACAUUUAAACUACAAAUAUCAGUUCAUCAUUCUGUGUAUAUAUAAGAAAAGCCAAAAAAGGCAAUGUCUUUGACAAGAAAUAAAAAGGGGCGGGAGGCUCUGUGUAGUUUUCACUUUUUCCCCUGGGAGUGUUGGCUGCAUAAGAAUAUAUCUCUGCAUAAUUUUCCAAAGAGCUUUUUUCUCUGUUCUUAAUGGCUUUAUGUAAAGAUUUACAUAAAAAGCUGGAGAGAGCUGGGAAGAAGUGAUAUUAGUGCUCAGUGCUGGCCAAGAUACGUUCUUUUAAAAACAUCAAAGUCUUAACUCCCCAAGUCCUGUAUUACGAUUAAAUGCAGAGGUCAUUGUACUGAUUGAGAAUGAGAAGAACCCUGCAGCACAGGGACUGUUGAUUAGCCAGUGUGCAGAAAGAUCCCAAAAGCUGAUCUAAGAGAGGCUACCAUUCAUUGUACCUACAAGAAAUCUCCAGUCAGAGCUUCAGUGUGGCCACCAUUAUGUUCCAUAUGCAUUCCAGAUGUACAUUUCUCCUUGGCUUAACAUUGCCCAAGGGUAGGCUGGAUUGCCCUACAGCAGCAUAACCAUUAUUUGGCUGCUCCAUUAUAAGCAUUCUUCUCAUUAUUCUCUUCUCAGUGGUGAAGGAUGGGGGAGCAAGGAGGUAAUGAUUUGCUACUUGCCUGUAGGUUGAGUCUUGGGACCUCCUGGGUAGGCUUAGGUGUGCUGGCUGGUGUAACCAGCUCAGAGAUUGGUAGUAGGUACAAAGAGUCCCUUUUUUUUGUCCUUAUAGACACUGUACUGACUUGUAUCUGUCAUGUCAUAUUUGUUUCUGUGCUUCAUAAUUUGAGAGGUAUGGGUCUUGGGGGUUUUUUAGCACAUUUCAAACAAUUUACCUGAUGGCAAGUUAGGACUGCAUAUCUGUCUGUAACUGACAGGGCUCCUCCAACACCAUGAAAAACUCCACCACCGACAACAAAAAAAAUUCCCAACUCAGUUAUAACACUGGCUGUCUUCCAGUCCUCUGCUGUAGUAAGUAUUUGCUAGGAACUUUGUUACUUAAUUCUCAGUUUUCUCCUGAAAUCUUCCAGAAGUAGCAGAUAAACCUGGUAACGUAAUGCAUUUGAUUUAUUGAUUUGUUCCAGCAACUUCUCUCUUGAGUCUUCAAUCUAUGACCUCUCCUUAUCUUUGAUAUUUGGAAAGUGUGAGUCUCUCGUUUAGAUACCACUCCAGCACCCUCUCAGUGAAGACUGAUGCAAAUAAAUCAUUUAGAUUCUU